CACUCAAACAUGUCCACUAAAGAUACAAUAUUUCCAGUUAGGACUUUACAAGUUGAUAUGGUUUGUGUCCGAAUUUCUUAUUAAAUGUGACAACUUUCGAAAAUGUAUCUAUCAAUCUGUUGGUUAUACUCGCUUAUUCCAACACAGUCGUGGAGAUUUAGAAAGGUAACUAAAGAGAACAAAUUAAAAACGGAAUUGAUUUAAUGCACCGCAUUCCUUUUCGGAGAGGAUGUUUUAUGAUGAUUAAUCAGCACCUGCAGCUACAGGUUAGGAGUUAAAUCUUCACUCUCCAGCUGGAGGCGCACACUGCGGUCAGUAGUUGUCAAUCAUUUACAGGUUAUUAAAUCAUAAAAAGAAAAAAAAAGAGGCGUUUAUAAGUCGGUGCUCUGAGCAUUAAAAUCACGUAGACUUGAAUCUAAAAAGUCUCACAGCGCAUUCAUCGGGAUCUCCCUUUCCCACUCCCUCCCUCCGCUGUGUUUUUGCAGAGACCCAGCCGGCUGUCCGGUUCGCCUUCCUCUCCGCUGCCAUGGCUGCGGCUGCGGACGCUGCCGGCCUGAGUGAUGCAGCAACCGGACCUGCAGACUUCACCGAGAUGGAGGAGCAGCGGCUGAAGGAGGAGAAUAUGAAAGCUGAUUUGGAAGCCCCUCUACCUGCUGUGCAGGGUGAUUUUGCGAUCCGGUGCCGAGAUGUGUGCCGGUCAUACGGCAAACUGAAGGUCCUCAGUAACCUCAAUCUGACUGUACCACAGGGACACAUCUAUGGCCUUUUGGGGCCCAGUGGAUGUGGAAAGACUACACUUCUCAAAUGCAUUGUAGGAACCCUGAAAAUUUCGCGGGGCCACAUUACUGUUCUGGGGAAGCCGCCUGCAUUUCCUGGUCAUGACGUUCCAGGGAGGAUGGUUGGAUACAUGCCCCAGGAAUUGGCCCUCUACAACGAGUUCACCAUCAGCGACACCUUGACUUUUUUUGGCCGAAUCCACGGCCUGACAUCGAAGGAAACCCAAGCACGCAUGAACUUCCUUGUUGACUUCCUGGAUCUACCUCAGAAGCAGAGCCUGGUCCGGAAUCUCAGUGGAGGUCAGAAGCGAAGAGUGUCCCUCGGAGCUGCUCUGCUGCAGAAUCCAGAGCUGCUCAUCUUGGAUGAACCGACAGUCGGAGUGGACCCUGUGCUCAGGUCUAAGAUCUGGCAACAUCUGGUGGAAAUUGUGAAGACUGGAAAAACAUCGGUUAUAAUCACCACACACUACAUAGAAGAGGCCAGGCAAGCCAAUGUGGUUGGUCUCAUGCGAAACGGACAUUUGCUGGCAGAAGGUCCUCCAGAAGCAGUCAUGAAACAACACAGUGCAACAACCCUUGAGCAUGCCUUCCUGCAGCUGUGUGAGACAUCAGACCAGAAUGGCCUAAAACGGGGGUCCAGCCCACAGGGGGUACAGCUGGAUAACAGCCAAUCAUUCGAAAGCAGACGAGAUGAGAGUCAGCCAAUUCUUGGAAUCGGACCACCAGUUGCAGAUGAACUUCCCAAAUGUUCAGCGGACUGGAAGGUUCGAGCCAGACAUGUGCUGCCAAAGGGGAGGAACAUCGCAGCCCUGAUCAUAAAAACAAUAGUACGGAUGAAGAGAAUGCCAGGGUCGUUGUGUUUUCAGUUCCUACUGCCUGUCAUCCAGAUCUCUCUGAUCUGUUUGUGUGUUGGAGGAGAUCCAAGGGGGAUUCAGGUUGCCGUGGUGAAUAACGAAACCUCCCCCAAUUCUUUUAGCCAGUCAAUGCUCUCCUUCCUGGACAACUCCAGUGUGCAACAGGUACCCUUGUCCCAAAAUGAUGCAUUUGAAGGGGUCUAUAACGGAGAGUACUGGGGUGUAAUCGGCUUUGGAAAGAACUUCACAAGCUUCUUGACUAAACGGAUGCUCCAGCGGCAGGUUUCGAAGGAGGUGAUCGAUGGAGGAUCAGUGCAUGUCUGGCUGGAUCAUACAAACCGACAGAUUGCCCUCAUGCUCCAGAAGAAACUACACGAUGCCUUUCAGGCUUUUGUGGAUAAUAAGUUGGGCAGUAUGUCAUACAUGGCUGCACUACCAAUUAAGUUUGAGGAGCCGAUUUAUGGAAGUCAAAAUACAGACUUUACCACGUUUGUGACUCCUGGAGCUGUGCUCAGUAUCACCUUUUAUCUGGCUGUGGGCCUGACAGCGCUCUCAUUUGUUCUGGAGAGGAAGGAAGGACUUUUGGACAGAUGUUGGGUUGCAGGUGUGAGUUCCAUGGAGACGAUGCUGGCUCACCUCUUCUCACAGCUGCUUGUCAUCAGCGUUCAGAUCAUCCUCAUGCUUCUCUUCAUCUUGCUCGUCUUCAAGAAUCCCAAUGAAGGCUCCUUAGUUCUGGUGAUAGUUCUGAUCGUGCUGCAGGGUAUCACUGGCAUCUCAUUCGGGCUCGUCAUUUCAGCUGGCAUCGACGAUGAGCAGAGCGCCAACCAGGCUGCCCUGGGAAUCUUCUACCCCAACCUCAUCCUUAGUGGUAUCAUUUGGCCUGUGGAGUGCAUCCCAUAUCCUCUCCGCUACCUCAGCCUGGUUCUUCCUCAGACCUAUGCCUCAGAAUCGCUUCGCUGCAUCAUGUACAGAGGCUGGGAUCUCACUCGUAUGAUGGUAUGGCGAGGCUUCGCCGUUACCCUGGGCUGGAACACUUUCUUCCUCAUCCUGGCCACAGUCAUCUUAAAGCUGAGGACGUGACAGCCUCGCCCCAGAGGACAUCCUCCAGAGUGGGGAUGGAGCCAGCAUGUGAAGCCCAGGAGCCAACAACUCACCGGGGCCUCCGGUCUGUGGAUGGACUGGGGCAACAAAAAUGAAGAGAAAAGUGGGGAGGUGGUGACACAGACUGAUGCAUCAGUCUCCCUUCUCCAGAUCAUGUCUUACAUACACAAACACACUUUCUUGUUGUUCCCAACCAGAUGCCUGAUCCAACAAUAGUUGUUUUGGUCUGUUUAAAGUGUAAUUUCAGGAUGCUUCAGGUGGAAGAUAUACACAUGCACAAUGUGUAGCCUUUUUGUUAGUUUUACCUGCAGCUUCUUGAAAGUUUUCACCCCAUGACAGGCCAUAAACCAACUCAGGAUCAUUUUUUUAAAAGUUUUUAUUUGCCUGUAGACUUAAUUCUCCUGUUUCACUCUUUAUUUCACUACAAGUGGAGCCUGAGCAAUCAAUUCUGUAUAAAAAUAAUUAAGAGAAAAAUGUGAUGCAACUGUUAGUCAUUUUGAGUCAUACAGUAUUUGCCAUCUCCCUUCAAUAUGCAAUAAAGAUGAAAAUGAAGGUAAACAAUAAUUAAAAAAAGAUCUUAGCACAAAAGAGGUUUCUGUCUACAGUAAAAUGCUAAAUGUGCUUAUUCCAAGCAGAAAACUAAGAAGAACAUUGUUGCACAAUGUUGUGGGUAAGUGCAGAUGAGGUUUAGAAGUGGUGGUUGCUUCAUGCUACUCAAAAAAUUCUCACCCGUUCAAGCUUCCUGCAGCUUUUCUCUCAAAGCUUGUGAUAUUUGUGUUUAAUAACUCUGUCUCGUCAUGACAGGAAGUGGUAACUGUGUUUCAUCUUGCUACAUUACCAGGUGCUCAAAUGCUUUGUAAUUGUUUUCAGUUCAGACUUAUGUUCUUCAUAACUUUGUGCCUGCAUCUCAAGUGGGAGUAGGUUGGUGAUGGGUUUCUGUACUGUAUCUUUACAAUUUUUUCUUAUUAUUGCUCUCUACUUUGCUGGACAGAGUGGAGGUUGUCAGACAGAGUUGUGGUCACAGAUCAGUGGUCUCAUGCUCCCAAAGCUGUCUGCAGCCAUGUAGUUAUACUAUAGUUUAUAUAGUUUUUUCUAUCCAAAACUGCUUUAUGUAUCUCAUUUUAGCAAUCACACAUUAUAAAAGCACACAGGAGUUAAACCGUUAUGUCAGAUGGUGUCAGCACUGUGAAGAAAAAAAUUCAGAUUUGUGGAAGCUUGUGUUUGUAGUCAGAAAAUUCAAUGUAAGAAUAAUGAAGUAAAAUGAAGAAAGCCAGAUUUUAAACUUAAAUCGGGAUCAGAAGAUAUUUAUGUAAGAGGAAUUUUUUAUGGAUUAUGUAUAAAUAGGCAUAAAUCAACACAGAAAAGAAAGGACAAAAAGACUGAAAAGGCUAAAGCAGUCAGUUUAGACACAAACAGAAAUACUCCAUUUGUAAUACUGGCACAGUUUUCUGAAAGCAGGGCACUUUAUCUCUCUUUAUCUCUAAGCUAUUGAUCUUUCUGCUGCAGCUACAUCCAUCCUGUCGUCAACGAGAAGUUUGACAUGAGAACAGUAAAAAAAAUAAUCUGAUUAGCCAAACCCAUCAUUUUUAAAAGAAUAAAAACAGCUAAUCUCCAGCAUUAACAGUUGUGCCAUUAAAAAAUGUUUACAUUUAAAAAUGUUAAAACAUGUUUCCUCUCUAUUCAGUUGUAGCUCUAAACAUAUACCUGCAUGUUUUGUGUUCCCCUCUUUCAUACUUGAGAGCUUGGAGAGUUUCCUGCGCUGUAAAUCUGCAGUGGUCAUGUGUUCUUGUUGCACAAUUUAAGGGGAAACUGUGUUUUUGUUUGGUAGAAUAAGUGAAGUGAACCUUUUGCUCACAUACAAUCAUCAGCAAGCUCCUGAAUGAAUAUAUUCUUUUUUUUUUUAAAUGAAAUAAAAACAGAAAGUUUAGUCUGACUCCCAUGUCCUGGUGGGACAACCUCUGUGCCUCACUCGCCUCCCUUCACAUGAUGGUUCAUCCUUAUCAACUAGUUUUAAAGUGUUGGAGUGUCUGGUUAAAUUGGUACAGCUUAUGUGAGAAGUGUGGGCAUUAUUAGCUUAUUUUGUGAGGACACUUUUUAUUGUUUUGGACAGUUGGGAUACUGUUGCCAAAAACUGUUUUAAUCUGAGUAAGAUUGGUGAUGUUUGUUAAUAUGUGCUAUUUUUCCAUGCUUCAUUUUCUCAUGUUUGCUCUUGACAUUCAUAAACACAGCCCCCUGUUUAAAAAAAGUCAACCAAAUAAAUUCUAAAAGAAGGAGGAACUCUCUUUACUCUGCUGAGGAUACUGUUCGUGACACACUGUGGGGAUUCUCAUUAAUUAGAAGGCAAUUCUUAUUUAAGAUGUGAUCUUGUUCAGCUGGGGAGCUGCAGUUCAUGUAAACUGUGUUUUGUCUCGUCAGAAAUUAAUCACAUCCAAUGUUCUCCAAACUCCAGUCGACUACCUCUGCUGUCCCUCUCUAAAGGGCAUGUGAAGCAUUUACACUCCUGUGUUGUGACUUGUAUGCACUGUGAUUGCAGACAUGCUUUGAUGAAGUUCUGUUCAUUUGUUUUUAAACAAUAAACUUCU